AUGCUGGUGUCAGCUGGUGGAACAGCGACCCGCUGGAAGAUCAAUGGCAUUGGUUCUGGCGAUUCGAUGACCAAUUUCGAUGUUUUGCCGAAUGAGGUGAGUGUAGAUGUAGAACGCAGUUGUUGUAACUUUUUUUAACUUAUAAGGAAAGGCUUCCAAGUGGCUCUUAGGAUUUGAUGAAACGUGGCAUAAAUUUAUAUAAAUUUACAAGGGAAAUACCCCAAGUGCGACGCUCAUAUUUUCUUUAUAUCUUUGCUGCCGAGAGAGUGCGCUAAACGCGGAAACCGGUCAGAGAGAAAAACACUUUUUGGUCAUAACUUUGUUAGUUUCGUGCGGAAAAAAAAGUAUUUUUUUGUGGAAACAUUACUCUCAGCAGUAGAAUUAGGCAUGAAGCUUUUUGUCUCGGUUGUUUCUAGAAAUACAAGAAAAAAUUAUUUUAAAUUUGUGCCAGAUUUCAGCAAAAUCUACGCGCCGUACUUGGGGUACUUCCCAUGCUAGAAUAUUUUUUCUAACAAUAAGGCAUAUACAAGAAUCCCAGCUCGCUUUUGCAGAUAUGACCAACAUUUUUAGAUCAAAAGUCUGCAAAAAAGCUACACUUUUUGGAGAAUUUUGGCAUUAAAAUUUUCAUGCCUUUUACUACCGUAGAGGGGAAUACAGUAUGCGUCAUAAUUAUAACCGCACUUUAAAAAUGAGUGUAACUUUUGUGAUUGUUUAUAGAAAUGUGUCAUAUUUGGCACCAAUGUGCAUCAGUGUACUAGAAAUGAUGUCCCAAAAAAUUAUUUUGAAGAGUUUCCGUAUUUUAGAGAAAAGCUGCAAAAACCAAAAUUAUGAUACUUUUCGGUGUCGCAAAAUUAUAACCGCACUUGCGAAUUUGGGGUAUUACCCUAAUAAAAACACGGGAUAUCAAUAACUGAUGUUUAGUUACGCUCACUGAGGCCUCAAUAACGCCCAUCACACGACCCGAAACCCUCUGGGCAAAAUUUUUUGGCGCAUACUGACCCAUCUUGUCCCUGAAUCGGAAAACGGCAGAUUUUCGCUUAGUUACGGUAGAAUACCGCUUGUUGUAGCGAUGUAAUCAACGGGCGAGGAGGCCCCACAGGUUUCCUGUCGGAUUUAAACCCAGGGAAUAGGCGAGCGAGUCUAUGGUGGCAAAUGCCUUGCUGUCAAAGGAACUGGUAUGUCGACCUGCUAUGGUGGACGUGGGCAUUCUCCAACAAAAGUAUAGCCAGAUUGCCAGUACGGUACCAGAUGUUCGCCUAAGACUUCGUGGUACUCGAAGCUAUUCAUUUGAGUUGUUGUGGCCGCGGACGGAAGGCCUCCGGCUUUUUUGAAGGCGCCCCAAGUCAUCAACGGGCGGCCUCUAAAAUUACGACACGAGAAGCGACGCGAUACGUUAUUAAUGUCAUGCCUUUGGUAUGUAAAACCGUCAGGGCAUCGUGUGACUACGCAAUCCACAAAGAAUAUGGUAUUGCAACGGUCUAACGUCGGUUUCAGCGACCUUCCACUAAUCAACCUCUGUUGUGAAUGUCUCCUUGGCAAAUUUCGGCUGUGGAUUGCCGUAAACCGGGGUCAGCUGGGGUCACAGCUUCACAUAAUACCUUAUGAUGACGUCGCUGUGUUUUCCAACCCUCAGCACGGUGCUUCCGCUACUAAUGAAGCUCAGUUCUUGAUUUAAGUGAACCCCAAAGAUGGCGGAGUUAGAAGUCCGGCGGAUUAUUUCUCUUCAACCAGAAGCAGUGGUCAACUUUUGUCUGCCAUAACAUUUAGAUCUGUUAAAGGCUUCCGAGACGACCAGGAAGUUCCUCACAACUUGAGCCCAACGGUCUAACUGAGCGAAAAUCUCCCGUUUUCCGAUUCAGGGUCAGUAUGCGCCAAAAAAAAAUUCCCAGAGGGUUUCGGGUCGUGUGAUGGGCGUUAUUGAGGCCUCAGUGAGCGUAACUAAACAUCAGUUAUUGAUAUCCUGUGUUUUUAUUAGGCUAGUACCCCAAAUUCGCAAGUGCGGUUAUAAUUUUGCGACACCGAAAAGUAUCAUAAUUUUGGUUUUUGCAGCUUUUCUCUAAAAUACGGAAACUCUUCAAAAUAAUUUUUUGGGUCAUCAUUUCUAGUACAGUGAUGCACAUUGGUGCCAAAUAUGACACAUUUCUAUUCACAAUCACAAAAGUUACACUCAUUUUUAAAGUGCGGUUAUAAUUAUGACGCAUACUGUAUUUCUAAAAAUACUUUUUUUCCUUGCGGAAAAGAAAAAGUGGUUUUAUCUCUGACCACUCUCCAUUUUUCGCAUACUCUCUCGGCGGCAACGAUUCUUCAAUAGCUCGACUGUGCCUGCAAACCGCGCGCUAAAAUUUUCAAGACUUGAUAUACGGCCUAUGCCCGAAGUAUGCUAAAAACUAAAGAAAAUUUGCGCCUCGCACUUGGGAUACUUCCUUGUUAUCAGGGAAGGAGUUCAAUAGGAAAAGCUAGGACUUUUUUCUAUACCAUUGAGAUUGUGUACUCAUUCCUGAAAAUUUUGGCCAGAAAUUUAUGCGUCAUCUCUUGAUUUUUUCAGCUUCUCCUCGAAAUUGCCAGCUAUCUUCCGCCAUGCACCUUGUAUCGCGCCGUCCAGGUUUGUCGCCGCUGGCGGCGGCUUCUGAGCGACGACAAUAACCGCCGUGGGAAGAAUUAUCGAACAGACAUUCUUCUUGACAUGAAAAAUCUGAAUAUCAACUUUUCCUCGAGUAAUUGGAAGUCCAUAGCCAUCCGGUAAGUUCGAUAUCCGUUUGGAUAAAGAGCUUACAGCAAUUUUAAGAUCGAGAGUAACUGGCGCAAAUUGAACGCUCGAUUCUUGGAUGUUAGAGUGGAAGAUCUGCAAGUGAUCUGGUUUCGAUUGCAUGAUGACAUCGCCUGUAUUUUUACUGCCGAAAAGAGCUUGCAUGUCGCGACGAUCAGCGGGAAUAGGGUGAGAGAAAGGCUGUUUUUUGCAAAUACGAAGCUUUGUUUAGAUAAUCGCCGAGUUUCCCGACUUCCACAGCAUCAGCAGCACUCUAGAACCGCACAUUUUGUUUGGCAAUGAAGGGAAGUCGAUUCUCUUUGCCAUAGAUGGGUUUGUCAAGGUGUGUGGGGUCGAUGAGGACUGGAAUCAAUGUGUUGCGCUGGAGAUUUGCUAUCCAGAAGAUUUCGUUCAUUGUCGGCCAGCGAUUAGCAAGCUGAGGUGAGUGCCACAAAUUGGAUAAGUGACAAUAAUUUUCCCAACGAUAAGAGCUAUUUUCAAGUUUUCCUUUAAAAUUUUCACAUAAAUUAAGCAUAACAUUUUGAAAGCUUUAGCUUGUCGACAAAAGAGUAUGUAACGUGCGGAGAGCGGUCAGAGAAUAAAUCAGGGUUAGGCCAUGAAUUUACCCAUUUUCCGUGGAAAAAUCCUUUACCUUCUUCAAUAGAAUUACGGCUGACAUUUUUACAAGAUAGUAUCGGUCUGUCGGAAAAAUAAUGAGCAUAAUGUCACGCUGAAAUCUCCGCCGAGAAAAUGAAUUGUGUCCCGCCAAAAUUCAAUUGUUCUUCACUUCGGCGAGGCGACCGGGACUAGACAUGGCUGGGGGGGCUGGGCCGGGCCGAAAAAAUUUGAAGGGGGCCGGGGGCCGGAGGAGGUCGGCCCGGCCCCGGCCCCCUUCAAAUUUUCUCGGCCCGGCCCGUCCCCCAGGGGGCCGAACUGUAAAUAUAAAUACUGCAUUCAUUACGAGAUAUAACACAUUUUUUGGGGCUUUAGUAGUUCAAACCCCCACUGUUUGUCCAUUUCACACACCCCAUAAGUAAAAAAUUAGAAUAAUACAAAAAAUGGAAAUUACAGUAAAAUGACCACCGGCGUUUUAGCUCAAACCCCCAGUUACCGUCCAAAUUCAUUCUUGUGGUUCAGGCAACGAUGAUCGAAAGGGGGGGGGCGGGGGCUGAACUGGACUGAGGGUUGUACUACCUUAGCCCCCAUUUUUUUGUUAUAACAAUCGAAAAAAAAUUUUUUGAAACAAAAAAUUACCAACCAUUGCCAUGUAUAUACUUCAAAAGACCCAAUCGGUUCUUGGCUCUGCGUUUUAUUUUUAUUGGCAACCCUAAUUUUCGCUUUGAGACUGGGAAUUUUAGUCAUUGGGGGCCGAUUGGGGGCCUGGCGGGGGCCGGAAGAGGUCGGCCCGGCCCCGGGCCUUUAAAACUCGUUCGGCCCGGCCCACUAGCCAUGUCUAACGGGGACAGCGACAUUAUGAUCAUUAUUUUUUAUAUUUCGACAGACUGGUACAGAAUUUUUAUCAACUUUUGUAUUAAAAAUUUCGGUUCUUUUCUGCAAAGCGCAAGAUAAAAAUGUCGCAUAUAUCCUAGAAACCAACCAUCUAAUUUUGUGUCAAAUUUCAUUAAAAUCUCAGCGUUGUAUACUGCAAUAUCUUCCACCCUGAAACUCUCGCUUUCAGAGUUGCCUUUGGCCGAAAUCGCCUCACCUUGUACGACCUCAAAACCCAACGACUGAUAUACCAAUCAAAAUCUCGGCCGUGUUUGAUUGAAAAAAUCGAAUUUUCAAAUGACUCGUUGUAUCUACUGUAUCAGCAAGACAAUCUCCUCACCAUUCUCAACGCUCUCAAUGGAGAACCCCACAAGAAUAUCGAACUGAAAUCCGUGUAUUCGAGUUUCUUCAUCGACUCAACGUGGCUUUAUCUUUGUGAAGAUGCGUUGGCAAUCUCCACGAUAGUUGGCAAGAGGGACUUUAAGAGGAUCAGGAUAAAUGAUGAAGAGGGGGAUUUAGAAUUGAAGACGUUAGAUGCGAUGGAUGGACUUGUGGCAACUUGUGACUCAAGGAGCAGAUUGAGGGUAGGGAAUUGACGUUAUGACAGUGAUUUGUUUGGCUUUUGAAAGUGAUUUUUUGUCGUGUGGGGGGAAAUAUCCAUAGAAGUGUCCAAAAUCUUUUCCGCACGAAACUAUGUACAGGGUCUUACAAAAAACGUGAAGGAAAGUGGAAGGCUAUACCUUCCGGCGGAGGCGGCGCAGAGACUUCAUAUUUGAAAUAUGUAUUUUUAAAAGACAUAAGUUUUUGUCUACUAAAUAACAAGCUCUUAGAGUGCAAACUGAGGUCGCUACGACCUUCUGAAGUAGAGGCAUCUCUACCCCGAAAACCAGUUUUUUUCGGUUGAAAAUGAUCGAGAAAUGUCGGAUUUUUUGGAGUUUCUUGAUAUAAUCUUUAAGAAAACGUGCAUAAUUUGCAAGUGUUGGCACUUUCCUCAUACUUUUUAAACACCACCCAUAUCGAAACCCCCCACAAAAUCCGACAUUUCCUGGUGAUUUUGAACCGAAAAAGACCGAAAUUUCUAGAUCAUUUUCAACCGAAAAAAACCUGGUUUUCGGGGUAGAGAUGCCUCUACUUCAGAAAGUCGUAGUGACCUCAAUUUGCACUCUAAAAGCUUGUUAUUUCGUAGACAAAAACUUAUGUCUUUUAAAAAUACAUAUUGCAAAUACGAAGUCUCUGCGCCGCCUCGGCCGGAAGUUAUAGCCUUCCACUUUCCUUCACGUUUUUUGUAAGACCCUGUAUAUAGUAGCAAAAAAAUUUUCUUCUUUGGCCCUUCUCCAAGCUUGCUGUCCGAAAUAAACUGGCAGAGAAUAGUGCUUUUAACAACGCUUUUCUCACUGAAUGUUCAUCGUAUUAUAGGGACCAUCUCGUCGGAAAAAAUUGUUGAAUACCUCGGCUGCCUUUGCAAAGCGCUAACUAAGAUUUACAAGGGCUGUGGGUUGUUCAAAACUUGCGUGCAAAGAAUAAAGGGACUAUGAACGACGAACUUUGAACAACUCCUAGAUCUUUUAUCAUAAUUUUUCAUAAUCUUCUUACUGCAAUUUGAGUCAUAGAGUGGUCUCAUUUUCGUUUGCUAACAUUUGAUGAUCCUUGUCAAAGCAGGACCUUGAUAUUCUACGAAAUUUUAUAAGAAAACCUUUCCAUAUUCGGUCCCUUUCCAACCAAAACUUUUACACCUCCAAAAUUUGAGAUUUGCUCUCCGAUCUAUCGCCUAUAGAAUUUGAGAAAACAACAGCAGCGUGCCAUUUGGAGUUUCCCGUUCUCAAUUUCUCUUAUCUUGCUGCAUGACUCUCCACAAAAGGGACCGUUUGGAAAGCAUUAAAAUUAUGAUAUCAUUUCCAUCACAAAUUAAACACCUAAUUAAUCCAUUUUAAUCAUGACUCAUUUAGAUUUUCGAUAUGAAAUCCGACACUCAACUCAAAUUCAACACAAGUUUUACCGUGCCCGGCGUUGUGGACGCCAGAUUUGUUACAGCGUCGAUGAUUAUCUGCGAAUUUGUCAACAAUAAUGUGAGAUUAUUGGACCUUCAAGGAAAUGCUUUGCAAAAUUUUCCGUCAAAAAAGCCGUCGUUUUCGAAUCCACUGCAGGUCCGGCAACAGUCAAGGCUUGCGUAUAUUGAUGAAGAUGAGAGCGCGUUCGUUUUGGAUUUCAGUGUUCCGGUUGCUGAGAAAAAUUGGAGGAGAAUGGGAUGA